AUGGCCGACGUUGAUAUGACCGACGCGACCGACGCGCCCGCCUCCGCGGCCCCCGUCACCAAGAAGAAGGGCACCGCCGCUGACGGAGAGGGAAAGGAUGGGAAGAAGCGCUUCGAAGUCAAGAAAUGGAAUGCGGUAGCCUUGUGGGCCUGGGACAUAGUGGUCGACAAUUGUGCCAUCUGCCGAAACCACAUCAUGGACUUGUGUAUAGAAUGUCAGGCGAACCAAGCUUCAGCCACGAGCGAGGAGUGCACUGUAGCCUGGGGCAUUUGCAACCACGCCUUCCACUUCCACUGCAUCUCCAGAUGGCUCAAGGCGCGCCAAGUAUGCCCACUCGACAAUAGGGACUGGGAGUUCCAGAAGUACGGCCGAUAG